AUGUCCACGGACUCGCGAGAAGAUGGAGGGCGGGCACUGCGCGCUGUCGUCGAGAGACCGACAUCUGCAAGUGCAGUAGAAGUGAAGAGCGUGUCCUUGGAGACUCCGAGACCGGAAAUGCCAUUGCUCAGCGUCGUGACUCCAGGUCAGAGCCAGCGGAAAGAGCUCUCGACCGGCAGUGACUACUUCACACAACAACCUGCUGGCCCGCCAACGAGCGCUCCCACCGAUGCUACAUGUAUCCACCGACCUCCGCCGCCGCCGACCCAUUCACCCUCAGCGGCCGGCGUCAGCACCAGCGAUGCGACUGCGGAAGGCCAGAUCCAAUUGGCAGGCGCACACUCGUCACUUCCCAUCACUGCUCCAGCCGUGCCUGGGCGACCGCCGCCUCACACCACACAAUCAAGUCUCAGUAUUGAGAGCUCGACGAGCACAUCCACCAUCACUCUGUCAAAUCUACCCCUCCCGCAGCGCCCAGCGUUUCCGCAGUACCCUCAAUAUCCCAACCAGGCCCACUCGGCCUUGCACAGCCAACAGUACCCGCCGUACUACCUACCACAAGGCAUCCGACGACCACAACAACCGCACCAGAUCUCCACUUUUGCCUCAGCAAUAGCAUCGCUCCACUCAAGCGGGGUUCGAACUGCGCACAAUUCGCCCGCCGUGACUCCAGGCAACGGUCUGUUCAGCCCCGUCGGGCCGCCUUCUGCUCCUGCUCCAGAGUCUUCUGAUGGAUCCGGCACAUACGCGAGUCCCUUUCUACACUUUACGCACACGCACGUGCCCAAGGAGACUCAUGUGGCGGAUGUCGAUGUCGAUCCUGUUUCGGGCCGCAAGCUUAUCAAUCACUACGAGAUUAUUGAUGAACUAGGCCGUGGAACUCAUGGCAAGGUAAAGCUUGGUCGUGACUUGACCAGUUCCAAGGAGGCACCGACUUAUGUUGCCAUCAAGAUUGUCGAGCGAUUUUCGAAGCGACGAAAGCUCGGAAGACUGGGCACCACAGAAGACAAGGUCAAGAAGGAAGUCGCCAUCCUCAAAAAAGCCCGACAUCCCAACGUCGUUGCUUUAUUGGAAGUCAUUGACGACCCUUCACGCAAGAAGGUGUAUAUUGUCUUGGAGUGGGUUGAGCGAGGCGAGAUCAACUGGCGGACAAAGGGACCCAAAGAGAUUGGCAUGAUUGAAUCUCGUAGAUAUGAGAGGGAGAAGAAGGAGCUGGAAGGCACUUCUGACGAGCAGAGAUUCGCAGUGGAUGCUGUCAUACUAACAGAAGCUCAGAAGCGCCUCGCACGGCAAAAGAGACGGCAAGCCAAGGCUUAUCGACUCUUGAAGAAAGGAGCUAUCGAUAACCCAGAAGCAUGGAGUAUUGAAAUGGCUGGCGACACGGAAAGCGAGGACUCUGAGGGCGAUCGACUAUCGCGCAUCUCCUCACUGACUGGCCCGCCAUCAGACGUUGGUAAACUAAGUGUCGACGCGUUCGACAGGAGGCCAUCGCGGACGCCAUCUCCUCUCCAUCCAUCUAUCGAGAAUGCACACACGGGCAGCUUUCUGUCAUUGACAGAAGAGCCGCAACAGAUGUCGUCCCCCCGUGAUGACGACCAAACGUCUUUUCCGAGGCGAACAUCGAGUGCCUACAGCAGCAUGACAGGCUUAGAAGGGACCAUGAAUGGUGCCAACGACAUUCAGAGUCAGACCUCCCGGGUUGCGAGUCUGAAUAGCUUGACUUCGUCGAGGGGAAGUAUCGAACAACUGGAACAACUGCACCGAAGAGCCAUUGAAGAUCUGGACUCAUACCUGGAUGCGGAGCUCGAGUACGUACCCGUGAUGACGAUGGAACAGAUUCGCGUCGCUUUCAGGGACACCCUCUUAGGUCUGCAGUAUCUUCACUACCAAGGAAUUGUGCACCGUGAUAUCAAGCCGCCGAACCUUCUCGCUACCAUCGACAACCGCGUAAAGAUCUCCGAUUUCGGCGUUUCCUACCUUGGUAAACCUGUGCGUGACGGUGAACCUGGCGAAGAUGUUAGUGAGGCGGAGGCACAAGAUCUGGAUGAUGAAGCAAAGGAACUGGCCAAGACUGUGGGUACACCUGCGUUUUACGCACCCGAGUUGUGCAUUUCAGAAUCGACGGGCGAAGAUCCUCCCCCGGUAACUAAGGCCAUUGACGUGUGGGCUUUGGGCGUCACCCUGUUCUGCAUGCUGUUCGCCCGUACUCCUUUUGUCGAAGAUCAGUUCGUGGUAAUGCGUCAGAUCGCGGACGAGGAGAUCUAUCUGCCGCGGAAACGCUUGCAACCGGUUGACACGAAACCAAAAUCUCGCCCUGGGUCUCAUGGACGCGCAUUUCCCCCACUCACAUCGGGUCGACGUCACGAGCUCGAUCUCGUGUACGAAGAGAUUAGCGACGAGUUGCACGAUCUUCUCAAGCGACUUCUUACAAAGGAUCCGCGCAAGCGCAUUACUCUCGAGGAGGUUCGACAUCAUCCAUGGCUUUUGGCGGAUCUACCGAACAAGAUUAAGUGGCUUGAAGAUACUGAUCCGUCGCGACAAGCCGAAGGCAAGAAGAUUGAAGUAUCAAAGGAAGAUGUCAACACUGCCGUUGUACCACUCAAUCUUGUGGAGCGGAUGAGGUCAGGACUGAAAAAGGUUUUCGAAAAAACAGGUAUCACUCGUACGCGAGGUCAGUCCAACGCAAGCGCUUCGAAGGAUGCUUCACCCGUUCCAUCGGCCGGUUCUUCUAGUACUACUAUCAGUCAAGACGGGCCGGGGAAGAGCUUUCGGGGCGACGAAUCGGUCUUCAUAGCACUUCAGUUAUCGCGGGAUGGCGGACAUCCGCUAUCUAACAGCGUGGCAGCCUCUCCUGAACUCGACAGGCGUGAGAAGUACUUCGAUGAUAUCGUCCCAAAAAAGUGCGGCAGUGGCGAUGAUCUAGCUCGCGCGACAUCCAGGCCCAGCCCACCAUACCGAGCCAACACCGUUGCGUCCUCCGCCGGAUCUAUGCGAACAGUAAAGCAGUCCGAUUUUCGCGGCGAGUACCUCAACAGCUUUGCCGAGGCCAAGGACUCUCCGCCACCCUCACCGGGGCUUCCUGGCACUCCGCAUGCCAUCCUGUCGCCAGGAGGGAGUGGCCUGGGUGGUCUCCUGGGCGGGACCGGCCGCCUCAUGAAAUCUGUCCGAGAGAGGAGUGUACAUCGAACAACGUCGGGAAGAGGACGCUCAAGUGACAGAGGAUCGGUGGCAUCGUCCGAUCCACAUGCUGAAGCAAGCCUAGCCGUCAGUCAGGCAACAGCUGCCGGGCAUAUGCAUCAGCCAGACUCGCUUCGAGAGCCCUCAAAUCCGAGUGCUCGCAACAGUCCGUCUUCAUCUCGCCCGCAGUCAUUCAGUUCAGAAAGCCAGCAUCUAAACCGAGUGGAGCCUGGACUGCUCUCCCGCAUUGGCUCCAGCAAUUCGAUUGCCUCGAUUGGACGCCAUGUCGGCGAAGUCUUUCGGAACGCGAGUCGGACGCGGUCCGCGUCGCGUCGACCCGUCGAGUCAAGUGCGGAAGAUUUGAAGCGCGCCGACGAGGAGCGAGUUCGAAAGCUUGUUCGACAGCAUCAAGACGUGAUGGAGAGUCAAAGGGGGUCGCCUGCCAAUGUGUUUGACUUUUCUGUUCCAUUCGACGGCCGCGAUUGCCCAGCGAGUCCCGACGAUAUGAGAGCAAAGCGUGGCAACUCCCGAGUGCCCUCGGUAGCGGCCACUUCAAACCCUGAGACGCCAUCCGAAGGCAUCAGUCCGACAAACCAAACAGGUCAGUUACCGCCGGCUUUAGUGUCGAGCUCCUCGGACCUUGGAUCCGCCGUAUCGAUUUCCAUUUCGAAUCCUUCGAUCCCAUCUGUGUUAUCGGAAGCGUCGUCUUACGACCCAGAUGAGGGAAUAGAUGACACCUACUCGAAGACGAUGGCUGACCCUCCGUCAGAUGACACUUUGAGCCCUGGUGAGCAAGCGCGCUACACCGAAGAAAAUGAUGACGAAGGCUACACGCCAGAUCAGGAGACGGCACUCGAGAGCGGACAAGACGACGAGUAUGCCGACUCUUCCGAUAGCGACGGGGGACUCGUCAUGUCUCGCCGCAAAUCCAACGCCAAGCUCGCACUUGCCAUUGGCGGCGACACACACAAGGAACGUCGCGGCACUGGCUUGUCCGCGCGCUCGAAGAAGUCGUCUCGCAGUGGUAGCAACAAUACCAUGAAGAAAGUACGAACUCGUGAGAGCGGCGAUGGACGACGCUCCUUGGAGAUCUCCGAGGAACAAGAAUGA